AUGGUUGCGAAAACUCAGGAACCGUUUUUCCAAGGGAGUACAGGGAAGAACUCUCGUGGAGUUUUAAGAAUUGUAAUUCUUUGCUUAAUUGCCGGUGCUGCAAUUGCCAGUCGAUUGUUUUCUGUGAUUCGAUUCGAGAGUAUAAUUCACGAAUUCGAUCCUUGGUUCAAUUUCAGGGCUACAAAAUACUUGGUCUCGCAUGGCUUCUAUGAUUUCUGGGAUUGGUUUGAUGACCGAACAUGGCAUCCACUUGGGCGUGUUACAGGAGGAACUUUAUACCCAGGUCUCAUGGUCACCAGUGGUGUAAUCUACCAUGCCCUUCGAGCUCUUACUAUUCCAGUCGAUAUUCGAAACAUUUGCGUGCUUCUCGCACCAGGUUUCUCUGGCUUGACUGCCUUUGCAACAUACCUCUUUACCAAUGAGAUGUCCACAUCUCCUUCCGCCGGUCUUCUCGCGGCUAUUUUCAUGGGAAUUGCCCCAGGUUACAUUUCGCGAUCAGUUGCAGGCAGCUACGAUAACGAAGCCAUCGCAAUCUUCUUACUUGUAUUCACGUUCUACCUCUGGAUUAAAGCCAUCAAGCUCGGAUCCGCAUUUUGGGGUGCUCUGUGUGCUUUGUUCUAUGGAUACAUGGUAUCAGCCUGGGGUGGAUAUGUCUUCAUUACCAAUUUGAUUCCUCUCCAUGUAUUUGUAUUGGUUUGCAUGGGAAGAUUCAGCCCAAGAGUGUAUGUCAGUUAUUGUACCUGGUACGCACUAGGCACGUUGGCAAGCAUGCAAAUUCCCUUUGUAGGAUUCUUGCCAAUUCGCAGUAGUGAACAUAUGUCCGCUCUCGGUGUUUUCGGCCUUCUUCAAUUGGUUGGAUUUGUCGAAUUCGUCCGCUCCGGUGUACCAAGCAAGCAGUUCGCGACUCUCCUUAGAGGAUUUGUCCUUGCCGUGUUCGCUAUCUCCUUUGGUGGCUUGGUACUUCUCACCGUCUCUGGUGUUAUUGCUCCUUGGACUGGCCGUUUCUACUCUUUAGAGGCUUAUCAAUGGUUGCGACAGAACACCAAGGAAGAUGCAAAGAUCAUGUCAUGGUGGGAUUACGGUUACCAGAUUGGUGGUAUGGCUGACAGGCCUACACUCGUCGAUAACAAUACUUGGAACAACACUCACAUCGCCACCGUUGGAAAGGCAAUGAGCUCUCGUGAAGAGGUCAGCUACCCCAUCAUGCGCCAGCACGAAGUUGACUACGUUCUUGUCGUCUUUGGUGGUCUUCUCGGAUACUCUGGAGAUGAUAUCAACAAAUUCUUGUGGAUGGUCAGAAUUGCCGAGGGGAUUUGGCCAGAUGAGGUUAAGGAACGGGAUUUCUUCACUGAACGUGGAGAGUACAGAGUUGACGAUGGUGCUACUCAAACCAUGAAGGACAGCUUGAUGUACAAAAUGUCAUACUACAACUACAACUCCCUUUUCCCACCUGGACAAGCCCAAGAUAGAGUUCGUGGCGUAAAGAUGCCAGAAGUUGGACCAGUUCUGAACACUGUUGAAGAAGCAUUCACUAGUGAGAAUUGGAUCAUCCGAAUCUACAAGGUGAAAGACCUUGACAAUGUUGGCCGGGAUCAUGCAUCAGCCGCAUCAUUUGAGAGAGGGAACAAGAAAAAGAAGACAACAAAGAAGAGAGGACCAAAAGUUUUGAGGGUUGAAUAA